AUGGAUCUUCACUGGGGAACAUACUGUCUCUGGGCUUUUUGCUUCACAGGUACAGCUGUGGGUAACCCAAUCAAACUCCUCUCCAGCCCCUCGCAUCUCUCCCUGUUGACCGGAGAGAAUGCAACGCUCAGCUGCCGUCUGAUUCAAAACAGUGCCUUCAAGUCCUACUUUUAUUGGAAGGCAGUCAAGCUGCACCCGACCGCAGGAGAAAACGACCCCUCUGACGUCGUCGAGGAGUUAGGGCGCUUCUCAAUCAGCACGGAGGACAGCACCCCCCAGAUUGCCGUCAGCACGCUGCUGAUCAGUGACGUCACUCCCUAUGAUCACGCCAGGUAUUUCUGCGCCGUGCAUCUCCUGGGAGACGCGUCACACUCUCUGCUAAACGGUACCUACACCCACCUGGACGUGAAAGCCCGUCCACAAUUAUCCCUCACCUCUCAUCCUUCCAACACUUCGGGCUCCCGGAUCCUGUCCUGCAGAGCUGUGGGCUUCUACCCUUCAGACGCGAGCCUGUCCUGGGAUGGCUCCUCUAUCGGGGUCCCGUCCCCCACGCGGCAGAGAGCCCCAGCAUUAAACCGGGACGGCAGCUACAGCACCGGCUCCACCCUGCUGGUUACUGAGGCGCUGUGGAUCGCUGGCGCCGAGAUCGCCUGCGUGGUGAGCCACUCCUCUCUGAAACAGCCGCUGAGGAAAAGCAUUAGACAGGAAGGUGAGCGUCUUGCUGCGUCGUGCGCAUGA